UUCCGUCAGUCGGCGAAGACAUUGACCACUGUGACCACAAAGAUAUUCGAGUCGGUGGCGUUGAGCGGAGAGAACAGCCUGUUCUCUACAAUAACAUUGAGUGCAACGAAGGAAGGUGGUGGUGGUACAUGCCAAAAUUGUACUGAUACCUGCCUUACGCAUUUUCGAAAUCUCCACGAAAUUUCAGCUCAGGGAUGGCGGAGGCACACCAGGCGGUGGCGUUCCAGUUCACCAUCACGCCAGAGGGCAUUGACCUGCAGCUGUCCCACGAGGCCCUCCGACAGGUCUACCUCUCCGGACUGCGCUCCUGGAAGAAGAGAUUCAUCCGCAUGAGGAAUAGCGUAAUCUCGGGGGCGUACCCUGCAAGCCCCUACUCUUGGCUGUUUGCAGUCGUCGCCAUUCUAGCAACCAUGUACACACGCUCUGACCCCUCCAUGGGCCUCAUCGCCAAAAUCCAGGAGCAUCUUCCUGUUAGUGAGUCUCUCAGUGUGCAGAGUCAGAUGGUGGUGCUGGCUUUGCUCUUGGGCACCCUGCUCUGGUUGUCCUUCAUCUUCACCAUGCGCCUGUGCCUGAGGCAGCUCCUCUCCUACCACCGCUGGAUGUUUGAACUGCACGGCAAGGUGUCCAACACCACCAAAGUCUGGAUGGUGCUGAUGAAACUGUUCUCAGGCAGGCAGCCCCUGCUCUACAGUUACCAGGCCUCUCUGCCAUACCUGCCUGUCCCUGCCAUCAAAGACACUCUCAGGAGGUACCUGGAGUCAGUGCAGCCGCUGAUGAGCGCUGCAGAAUUCGAGCGCACGACCACACUGGCCGCCGAGUUUGAGAACAGCAUAGGGAGUCGGCUGCAGUGGUACCUCAAGCUUAAGGCACUGUGGGCCUCCAACUACGUGAGUGACUGGUGGGAGGAGUAUGUCUACCUUCGAGGACGAAGCCCCAUCAUGGUCAACAGCAACUACUACGGAAUGGACUUCCUGUACGUGACCCCUACUCCCAUACAGGCAGCCAGGGCAGGGAACACCAUUAAGGCCUUCCUGAUUUACCGCAGGAAUGUGAACCUGGAGGAACUCAAGCCUAGUCGUAUCCCAGGCACUGUCAUACCUCUGUGUGCUGCUCAGUGUGAGAGGAUGUUCAACACCACACGCAUCCCAGGAGAAGAGACUGACACCCUACAACACUUACAGGACAGCGACUAUGUGGCGGUCUACCACAGGGGGCGCUAUUUCAAGCUGUGGGUGUGUAAGGCAGGCAGGCUGCUGUCAGCCAGAGAGAUUGAGUUCCAGAUCCAGAGGAUUCUGGAUGACCCCUCACUGCCCUCACAGGGAGAGGAAAAGCUUGGGGCUUUAACUGCAGGAGACAGAGAGCCGUGGGCUUGGAUGAGGAAGCAGUUUUUCAGCUCUGGGGUGAACAAGCGAUCCCUGGACUGCAUUGAGAAAGCUGCUUUCUUUGUCACCCUGGACGAUGACGAGCAGGGCAUGAUGGGAGAUGAUCCCGCAGGCAACCUGGACGCCUACGCCAAGUCGCUCCUGCACGGGAAGUGCUAUGACAGAUGGUUUGACAAGUCCUUCUCAGUGGUGGUGUAUAAGAAUGGGAAGAACGGCCUGAACGCAGAGCACUCGUGGGCCGACGCCCCAACUGUGGCGCACCUGUGGGAGUAUGUGCUGGCUACAGAUGCUUUCCAGUUGGGCUAUGAUGGGGAGGGUCACUGCAAGGGCGACAUCGACUCCACCUUACCCCGGCCACAGAAACUGACCUGGGACAUUCCUCCAGAGUGUGAGGAGCAGGUGUCCCGGUCUCUGUCGGUGGCCCAGGCCUUGGCUGAUGAUGUGGACUUCCACGUGUUUCCCUUCAGGGACUUUGGGAAGGGGAGGGUUAAGAAGCACAGGAUGAGUCCGGACGCUUUCAUCCAGCUGGCUCUGCAGCUGGCGUAUUACAGGGACAGAGGAACGUUUUGCCUGACCUAUGAGGCCUCUAUGACCCGUUUGUUUAGAGAAGGGCGGACGGAGACAGUCCGGUCUUGUUCCAAUGAGAGCUGCGCCUUUGUCAAAGCUCUGGAGAGUGGAGAGGAGGCAGACGUAUGCAGACGGCUAUUCCGAUUGGCAUCCGAGAAGCACCAGAACCUGUACCGAUUGGCCAUGACAGGAUCUGGCGUUGACAGGCACCUCUUCUGUCUCUAUGUGGUCUCCAAAUACCUUGGGGUGGAGUCACCUUUUCUUAAGGAGGUGCUGUCAGAGCCAUGGCGUCUGUCUACCAGUCAGACUCCAGUCCAGCAGAUGGAGCUGUUUGACCUGGUCAACCAUCCAGAGUACAUCUCCUGUGGUGGAGGCUUUGGCCCAGUAGCGGACGAUGGCUAUGGGGUGUCCUACAUCAUUGUGGGAGAGGACCUGAUUAACUUCCACAUCUCCUGCAAAUAUUCCUGUGCACAGACUGAUGCUCACAGGUUUGGAACCCAUAUUAGGCAGGCUCUACUGGACCUGCUUGCACUGCUGGACACAGACCAAAAAGAACCAAUCAGAUCAGGGAAGACACAGGCCAAGAAGGACCAGUAGAGCUACUGACCGACAGUUGGGGUGUGUUCUGAGGGUCACUGAGCUACCUAAUCAAUGGCAAUUGACAGCAAUGAUGUGACUUGUGUCUUUACUAAUAAUGACGUGACUUGAGUCUUUACUAAUUGGGAUGUGUAUUAUUUAUUUGGAAGAUUUACAUUUUGUUUUUAUAUUUGAUAUUGGGAUAUUGCAA